AUGCCGGAACGAAUCAAGGACAACGUCAAAGUCCCCGAAUCGAUCCCUUACUCCAGCCCAGCAUCCGAAUUCAUCUACGGUACUAGCGCCGUGGAAGCAGCAUUGCGGUGUGGCAGGCGCAAGCUUUACAAACUAUACCUCUAUCAACGAGCCGGGGAAGACCUAGGUCCCGCCAAGAUCGCCCUUCGAAAGCUGGCCCUUUCGAAGAACGUCGAAAUCAAAUUGGCCUUCGCGGGUUGGGACAGGCUUUUAGACAAGAUGUCUGCCGGCCGUCCACACAAUGGAUGUGUUCUUGAGGCCUCACCUCUGCCUAGAAUUCCCGUACGUGGCUUCCAUGCUGUUCCCGCGAUUUCAGAGAGCCACUUUCGGGUAGAACUGGCACCACAGUCGCGGGAGGAAGCCGCAGUGAACGGCACGAACGACCAUAUCCCGAUUCUACACCCUUCAGAUCCUUCUUCGGGCCAACACAACCACCGAUACCCCGUGGCUUUGCUGUUGGAUGGAGUUGUGGAUUCUGGUAAUAUCGGCGCCAUUAUACGGUCUGCUUAUUAUCUAGGCAUCGAUGCGAUCAUCUUUGCUGGACGCCAAUCUGCUCCUCUAUCUCCUGUGACGAUCAAGGCCUCUGCCGGCGCGGCGGAGAAUAUGACAUUGCUGCAUGCUCAGAAUGAGGUGGAGUUCAUCAAGCGUUCCAAGGAGAACGGAUGGCGGUUCUAUGCUGCUGAUGCGCCUGGUCCUGGUGCCACCUAUCUUGGCCGGGCUAUGGCCGAUGGCGAGACCCUACUUCCCACGGUGCAUUCACCCAGUGUGAUCAUGAUGGGAAGCGAGGCAACAGGGCUGAACUCACACAUCAAAUCACAUGCUGAUUCAAUCGUCAGCAUUCCGGGCGCUCGUCACAGUGCUCAUUUGGGCGUGGAAUCCGACCCCGCCCGUAUUGAUAGUUUGAACGUGAGCGUUGCCGCGGCGCUAUUGAUGGAAAUGUUCUUGCGAACCCCCCUGGCGAUGUCUGAGCCAGUCAAGAAGAGCAAGGACCGAGUGUGGUGA